AUGGCAGAGUUUUUGUUUGAACACCUCUCGAAGCAGACUUUACGUACAGGCCUCGAGCGGCUGAAGGAAGGAGCUGCAGACACCUUUGCAGACACCUUUGCAGACACCUUUGCAAACACCUAUGCAGACACCUUUGCAGACACCUAUGCAGACACCUAUGCAGACACCUUUGCAGACACCUUUGCAGACACCUAUGCAGACACCUAUGCAGACACCUAUGCAGACACCUAUGCAGACACCUAUGCAGACACCUAUGCAGACACCUUUGCAGACACCUAUACAGACGCCUAUGCAGACACCUAUGCAGACACCUUUGCAGACACCUAUGCAGACACCUUUGCAGACACCUAUGCAGACACCUAUGCAGACACCUAUGCAGACACCUUUGCAGACACCUUUGCAGACACCUAUGCAGACACCUUUGCAGACACCUAUGCAGACACCUUUGCAGACACCUUUGCAGACACCUUUGCAGACACCUUUGCAGACAUCUAUUCAGACACCUAUGCAGACACCUAUGCAGACACCUACACCUAUGCAGACACCUUUGCAGACACCUAUGCAGACACCUAUGCAGACACCUUUGCAGACACCUUUGCAGACACCUAUGCAGACACCUAUGCAGACACCUUUGUAGACACCUAUGCAGACACCUAUGCAGACACCUAUGCAGACACAACCUAUGCUGACAUCUAUGCAGACAUCUUUGAAGACACCUUUGCAGACACCUUUGCAGACAUCUAUGCAGACACCUAUGCAGACACCUAUGCAGACACCUUUGUAGACACCUAUGCAGACACCUAUGCAGACACAACCUAUGCUGACAUCUAUGCAGACAUCUUUGAAGACACCUUUGCAGACACCUAUGCAGACACCUAUGCAGACACCUAUGCAGACACAACCUAUGCUGACAUCUAUGCAGACAUCUUUGAAGACACCUUUGCAGACACCUUUGCAGACACCUUUGCAGACAUCUAUGCAGACACCUUUGCAGACAUCUAUGCAGACAUCUAUGCAGACACCUAUGCAGACAUCUUUGCAGACACAACCUAUGCAGACACCUAUGCAGACACCUUUGCAGACACCUAUGCAGACACAACCUAUGCAGACACAACCUAUGCAGACACCUUUGCCGACACCUUUGCAGACACCUAUGCAGACACCUAUGCAGACACCUUUGCAGACACCUUUGCAGACACAACCUAUGCAGACACCUAUGCAGACACAACCUAUGCAGACACCUAUGCAGACACAACCUAUGCAGACACCUAUGCAGACACAAUCUAUGCAGACACCUAUGCAGACACCUAUGCAGACACCUUUGCAGACACCUAUGCAGACACCUAUGCAGACACCUAUGCAGACACCUAUGCAGACACCUUUGCAGACACCUAUGCAGACACCUAUGCAGAUACCUAUGCAGACACCUAUGCAGACACAACCUAUGCUGACAUCUAUGCAGACAUCUUUGAAGACACCUUUGCAGACACCUUUGCAGACACCUAUGCAGACACCUUUGCAGACACCUAUGCAGACACCUAUGCAGACACCACCUAUGCUGACAUCUAUGCAGACAUCUUUGAAGACACCUUUGCAGACACCUUUGCAGACACCUAUGCAGACACCUAUGCAGACACCUAUGCAGACACCUUUGCAGACACCUUUGCAGACACCUUUGCAGACACCUUUGCAGACACCUUUGCAGACACCUUUGCAGACACCUUUGCAGACACCUUUGCAGACACCUUUGCAGACACAACCUAUGCAGACACCUAUGCAGACACCUUUGCAGACAAAACCUAUGCAGACACCUACGCAUCAGACCCGCUCAUGAGCAGACGGUGGUCAGAUGUCUUCCAAGGUGACUUCAUCCAUGGAUCACGUCUUAUGAGCUCAGAGACAGCUGCCCCGGUGUGGCCCAUGCACUGCUGCUCCGUCUGCAAUGUCAGGCCUCGCUGGUGUUUGGGACCGGGCUCAUAUAUCAUUAAACUGAAGGUCGGCUUCAAACGUCUGCGCUCUCUUCACCCGUGUCCCCUUUCAGUGCCCGGGCAUGUGGAAUGUGGGCGCUGGACCCUGAUCCGAGGGCUGGCGGAGAGCGGGAUCUUUGUUGGCUGGGAUUAA